CCCGCCGGGGCAGCGUGGUGCACUCCGGCAUGGGGGCUCCAGAAAUAAGAAUGUCUAAGCCCCUGGAGCCGGAGAAGCCAGGUCUGGACUCUCAGUCAGAGCACACAGAUACAGAAACCAAUGGACCAGACUCAAACCAUCAGAACCCCCAGAAUAAGGCCGCCUCGUUUUCCUUGUCCCCGACGGGUCCCAGCACUAAGGUGAGAGGGGAACUCGCAAAGCCUGGAGGACGGUGGGGAAAGGGACCCUGGCUGUCUCUCCCCACACAGAUCAAGGCUGAAGACUCCAGCAGCGACCCGGCCCCGGUGGCCCCCCCACCCCCGCCCCCCGCCCAGCCCCAUCUGCCCCAGGCCCAGCUCAUGUUGGCUGGCGGUCAGCUGGCUGGGGACAUCCAGCAGCUCCUUCAGCUCCAGCAGCUCGUCCUUGUCCCUGGGCACCACCUCCAGUCGCCUGCACAGUUCCUGCUGCCACAAACUCAACAGGGUCAGCCAGGCCUGCUCCCAACACCAAAUCUGUUCCAGCUACCUCAGCAAAGCCAGGGAGCCCUCCUGACCUCCCAGCCCCGGGCUGGGCUCCCUACCCAGCCCACCAAAUGCCUGGAGCCGCCCUCCCACCCCGAGGAGCCCAGCGACCUUGAGGAGCUGGAACAGUUUGCUCGAACCUUCAAACAGAGGAGAAUCAAGCUGGGUUUCACUCAGGGCGACGUGGGGCUGGCCAUGGGCAAGUUGUACGGCAACGACUUCAGCCAGACGACCAUCUCGCGCUUUGAGGCGCUCAACCUUAGCUUUAAGAACAUGUGCAAACUGAAGCCUCUUCUGGAAAAAUGGCUCAAUGAUGCAGAGACCAUGUCUGUGGACUCCAGCCUGCCCAGUCCUAACCAGCUGACCAACCCCAGCCUGGGCUUUGAUGGGCUCCCAGGCCGGCGGCGCAAGAAGAGGACAAGCAUUGAGACGAAUGUCCGCUUCGCCUUAGAGAAGAGCUUUCUAGCGAAUCAGAAGCCUACCUCAGAGGAGAUCCUGCUGAUUGCGGAACAACUGCACAUGGAGAAGGAGGUGAUCCGUGUCUGGUUCUGCAACCGGCGCCAAAAGGAGAAGAGAAUUAACCCCUGCAGCGCUGCCCCCAUGCUGCCCAGCCCGGGCAAGCCAGCGGCCUACAGCCCUCACCUCGGGCCUGGGGUCACACCUCAGGGGGCCGGGGGGACCCUGCCAUUGUCCCCGCCUUCCAGCAGUCUGAGCACAACAGUUACUACCUUGUCCUCAGCUGUGGGGACCCUCCACCCCAGUCGGACAGCUGGAGGGGGCAGCAGUGGGGGUGGGGCCGUGACCCCCCUCAACUCUAUCCCCUCCAUCACCCCCCCACCCCCUGCCACCACCAACAGCACAAACCCCAGCCCCCAAGGCAGCCACGCGGCCAUCGGCCUGUCGGGCCUGAACCCCAGCACAGGAAGCACAAUGGUGGGGCUGAGCUCGGGGUUGAGUCCGGCUCUCAUGGGUAACAACCCUUUGGCCACCAUUCAAGGUGCGUCGCCUUAAAUCCCACUCCCUUUGUCCCCCAGCCAUCACACCAUCCAUGCCUGCAAAGGACAUCGGGGAGCUCUGGGGCAGGGAUGGAAACGGGGACGAGGC